AUGGCUAUCACUGGUGAGGAGAGUGAGGAUCAUCCUCCGGGUUUCACUCUGCCUUAUGUGCCACUGCAAAUCGAGGCACCUCCUAGAAGGCCGUCUAUCACUUUGAGGCCUCAACAUGGGCCGGUUGAUGCCAAAAUCCCCGUGAAUUUCCCAUCUGGGUCGGGAAAUAAUUUGGGCGAUAGCCCGAUCAACCUUAUCACUUUUGAUCUGGAUAUGAUGGAGAGGGAAAGAAUGGCAACCGAAUCCUUAAAACAGUUGGAGGAUUGUUGCAGAUGGCUGGAGGAGAAAUUUAAGGUUUUAGAAAGUGCUGACGGGCAUCAUGGAGUUGAUGCCAAAGAACUAAGCUUGGUCCCAAACUUGGUGCUUCCUCACAAAUUUAAGAUGCCAGAGUUUGAGAAAUACAAUGGAACUACUUGCCCGGAGGCCCACAUCACGAUGUUUUGUAGGAGGAUGACUAGGUAUGUGAACAACGAUCAACUGUUGAUCCAUUGUUUCCAGGACAGUUUAGUGGGAGCGGCAGCCAGUAUCACGCUGCAAAAUAUGGAGAAAAAGCUUAAUGAGAAUUUUAGGCAAUAUGCUCAAAGAUGGAAAGAGGUUGCCAUGCAAGUUCAACCACCAUUGUUGGAGAAGGAGAUCACCAUCACUACCAAAAGUUUUACGGACAUAGUCGUGGCGGGAGAGAUGAUCGAGAAUGCCAUAAGAGGUGACAAAAUUGAGGGGGAAGCGGUCAAAAGAUCGGCCCCAAGGAGAAAAGACAAUGAGGUGAACAACACAAGUAGCUUCAACUCGAAGGCAAUCACAGUUGGUCAACCCAAAGUAACUGCGGUUGGGCAACAGGGUUCUCAAAGGCAGGAAUCGGGCACAAGUCACGAGAGGAUGCAAUUCACACCUAUCCCUGUGAUGUAUCGUGAGCUUUAUCAAAGCUUAUACAAUGCACAUGCUUUUGUUCCUUUCCACUUGAAACCAUUACAGUCUCCACAUCCUAAAUGGUAUGAUGCAAACGCCAAAUGCGAGUACCACGCUGGAAUAUCGGGGCACUCAAUUGAAAAUUGUACCGGGUUCAAGAAGGCUGUAGAGAGGUUGAUCAAGAUGGGGGUUGUGAAAUUUUAUAGUACCCCAAAUACUGAAAACCCUUUGCCAAAUCAUGACAAUCAAGGAGUGAAUGCCAUUGGCGAAGCUAGUGAAAGAAGGAUGAAGGAAAAUGUUACUGAGGUGAGGAUGCCUAUGAAGGUGAUUUGGGAAGAGAUGAUGAAGAGAGGGAUAAUAACCUCUAGGAAAGAAAGAGAAAAAAUGGAGAACUACUGUGAGUUCCAUGGAGAAGAGGGUCAUGAGACCCAAAAUUGUGAAGAAUUCAGAGCCUUGGUGCAAGGCUGUAUAGAUAAUAAAGAGCUACAAAUUUUUGAAGGGAAUAACGAAGUGGGGACACCAGCAGUGCCCAAGGUCAUUAUCCAUAAACCUACUCCUUUCCCUUACAAGGAUAGCAAGAGAGUACCAUGGAAUUAUGACUGUAGUGUGACAGUGCUGAAAGAAGAAAAUAUAGCCAGCGCAUCUAAAGACGUGCAAGUGGAAUGUUCUCACACCCGGAGUGGGAAACGUUAUGAUACGGGGGGCGUCAGAGUGGAGCCCACAAAAACAAAAGGUGUCGAGGUUGAGAAGGGGAAAGAGACCGAAGUACCCAUGAAUGAGCCAGUAAAUGAGGAGGAGGCUAAGGAAUUUCUAAAGCUCUUUAAACAUAGCGAGUAUAGCGUGGUGGAGCCGUUGCGUAAGCAACUAGCUCGCAUAUCAGUAUUGGCCCUCCUUUUGAGUUCUGAGGUGCAUAGGGAAGCAUUGAUGAAGGUGCUUAACGAAACAUAUGUCACUCAUGACAUAUCCGUUAAUAAGCUGGACCGAUUGGUGAACAACAUUAGCGCGGAUAAUUUCAUCUACUUUAAUGAUGAUGAAAUCCCACCGGAGGGUAGAGGGUCAACUAAGGCCUUGCAUAUUACUACUCGAUGCAAGGGGUACACACUCCAAAGCGUGCUCGUUGAUAAUGGAUCGGCUUUGAAUGUUCUACCAUUGUCUACAUUAAACAGAUUAUCCAUUGACGAUUCUCACAUGAAGACAUGUCAGAAUGUGGUAAGAGCCUUCGACGGUACAGAAAGCAAGGUGAUAGGAAGAAUUGACAUUCGCUUGGAAAUUGGCCUAAACAUGUAUGAAGUAGGCAAGCCAUGGAUACACUCAGCAGGAGCGGCGCCCUCGUCGUUGCACCAGAAAUUGAAAUUAGUGAUCGAUGGACGGUUAAUAGCCAUCAAUACGGAGGAGGAAAUUAUAGCCGCAGUCACUAGUAAGGCCCCUUAUGUUGAGACAAACAAAGAAUCUAUUGAGUGUUCUUUUUGCUCUUUAGAAUUUGCAAAUGCGACUUCUAUUUCGGAAGGGAGUGAGCUACCAGUGCCAAGGAUAGCAAGAGCUACGAGGAUGGCUCUACAAAUGAUGGCAAGAAAAGGAGCCUUACCAGGAAGAGGUUUAGGAAAGUAUCUACAAGGAGGGAUUCAGAUCCCAAAGUUGAUUGAGAAGAAAGACCGCUUUGGUUUGGGCUUCAAGCCAGACUAUAAGCAAAGGAGGAAAGACAUCGAGAAGCGCCAAGAAAGGAGAAGAGCACGUUUAGAUGGAAGAGAAGUGGGGUGGGAAUUGAUAACAUUCCCUCCUAUAUCCAAAACCUUCAUAUCAAGAUUAAUGCUACACACAACGAAGGAUUGGAGCAAAGGAAUCUUAAAGGGAAUUGGCCCUUACGAAUCGGGAAGCUCUUUGAAUAAUUGGACUGUGGAGGAACUUCCUGUAGUCUCUAGGAAUUCUUCAGAGUAA